AUGGCCACGCCGCCGGAUCCCCAAGACGAGCUGCUGCCGCUGGCAGGCUCCGGGUCCCAGUGGUUCGGGGACCGGGGGGAGGGGGAGAACGAAGCGGUGACGCCGACAGGGGCCAAGCCGGCGCCGCAGGCGGGGGAGCCCGGCCGGGCGUUGGGCGCCGGGGCCGGCGAAGCGGCGCCGCGGGAACUGGACUCGGGCCCCGCCCGGCCGCCGCCAGUUGCUAUGGAAACUGCAUCCACAGGUACGGCAGAUGUCUCCAGUGCCAUGGAUCAUACCUUUUCAACAGCAUCAAAAGAUGGGGAAGGAUCGUGUUACACGUCUCUGAUUUCCAACAUCUGUUACCCACCUCGGGAGGAUUCUACAUAUUUCACGGGAAUUCUUCAGAAGGAAAAUGGCCAAGCCACCACUUCUGAUAGCCCUGAGGAGUUGAGUACCCCCGGGCCCUCCUUAGCAGAUGUACCUGGGACGGAGCCUCGUGGCUUAUUUAGUUCUGAUUCGGGAAUUGAGAUGACUCCGGCAGAGUCCACUGAAGUGAACAAGAUCUUAGCAGACCCCCUGGACCAGAUGAAAGCAGAAGCCUAUAAAUACAUUGACAUAACCAGGCCAGAGGAGGUGAAAUAUCGGGAGCAAUGUCACCCCACGUUGGAAGAGAAAGGCUCGGACUUUAAGAAUAAGGACACUGAUAUCUCAACAAAAUCUGAGGAGGCCCGUGAACCAGAGAAACCAGUUCCUGUGGAGGGAAAAAUCCUCAAGGACCAUUUAUUUGAAGAAUCAACGUUUGCACCCUACAUAGAUGAUCUCUCUGAAGAACAGCACAGGGCUCCUCUGAUCACUGCCCCUGUCAAAAUCACGCUGACUGAAAUCGAGCCUUCUGUUGAAACCACGACCCAAGAGAAGACCCCCGAGAAGCAAGGUAUCUGUCUGAAACCAAGUCCUGACACAGUCCCCACGGUCACCGUCUCAGAACCUGAAGAUGACAGCCCGGGGUCUGUCACGCCCCCGUCUUCCGGGACAGAACCAUCUGCUGCAGAAUCCCAGGGGAAAUGCAGCAUCUCCGAGGAUGAGCUGAUCACUGCCAUUAAAGAAGCAAAGGGGUUAUCCUAUGAAACAACGGAGAGCCCACGGCUGGCGGGCCAGGUGACCAACAGGCCCGAGGCCAAGGCCAGGUCCGGGCUGCCGACCAUCCCCAGCCCCCUGGACCAUGAGGCCAGCAGCGCGGAGUCGGGCGACUCGGAGAUCGAGCUGGUGUCCGAGGACCCCCUGGCCGCCGAGGACGCGCUGCCCUCGGGCUACGUGACCUUCGGCCACGUGGGCGGCCCGCCGCCGUCGCCGGCCUCGCCGUCCAUCCAGUACAGCAUCCUGAGGGAGGAACGCGAGGCCGAGCUGGACAGCGAGCUCAUCAUCGAGUCGUGCGACGCGUCCUCCGCCUCGGAGGAGAGCCCCAAGCGGGAGCAGGACUCGCCCCCGAUGAAGCCAGGCGCCCUGGACGCCAUCCGGGAGGAGCCGGGCGCCCGGGCCGAGGAGGGCGCAGCCAGCCGCCAGGGCCUGGCCGACCCCGGCCCCUUCCUCAAGUUCCCCGCGGCACCCCCCCACACCGGCCCGGAGCUGCCCUCAGGGGACGGAGCCCCGGCGCCGCCCGAGGGGCCCACCGCCCAGGGGACACCUGCCGAAGCCGCGAGUUCCAGCCGAAGCCCGGCGGCCACGCACGGCACGGAGCCGGGAGGUCUUGGCGUCGCCCCGCCUCCGCUGUUCCUCAGUAAGCAACAAGCUAUUGACCUGCUCUACUGGCGGGACAUCAAGCAGACCGGGAUCGUGUUCGGGAGCUUUCUGCUGUUGCUCUUCUCCCUGACCCAGUUCAGCGUUGUGAGCGUCGUGGCCUACCUGGCCCUUGCCGCGCUCUCCGCCACCAUCAGUUUCCGCAUCUACAAGUCUGUCUUACAAGCUGUGCAGAAAACCGACGAGGGCCACCCUUUCAAGACCUACUUGGAGCUCGAGAUCACCCUUUCUCAGGAGCAGAUCCAGAAGUACACAGACUGCCUGCAAUUCUAUGUGAACAACACGCUUAAAGAACUGAGGAGGCUCUUCCUUGUCCAGGACCUGGUGGAUUCCCUAAAAUUUGCAGUUCUGAUGUGGCUCCUGACUUACGUUGGCGCUCUCUUCAACGGGCUCACCCUGCUGCUCAUGGCUGUGGUUUCAAUGUUUACUCUACCUGUAGUGUAUGUUAAGCACCAGGCACAGAUUGACCAAUAUCUGGGACUUGUGAGGACUCACAUAAAUGCUGUUGUGGCAAAGAUUCAGGCUAAAAUCCCAGGCGCUAAAAGGCAUGCUGAGUAA